AUGUCUUCAAUGUCCUCCACGGAAAGAACCACCAGGCACACGACCAGCCACCUCUUCCACGUGUCCAUCUUCAGUCAGUCAGCUGCGAACGUUCCGGCAGGACAGUCCGGCUCCUCCGAACCCAGCUGCUAUUUUGGCAAAAGUGCAUUGAUCUUAUAUGUUUCUACAUGGAUCAUCGUCUGUAUCAGUCUUCCUUUGACCCCACUGGCCAUCUACUCACUGUCUUCUCUGAUCAGAAAGGAUCACGGUGCUCCAGUCUACGUCAUCAACCUCCUCAUUUCUGAUCUGGUUCAGCUCCUCUGCAUGAUUGUUUGGGUGGCUAAGAAGAUUAAAUUAGAGACAAAAUUGUGGGAAACUUUCAUGAUCAUUUACUGUUAUUGUCUGGUGUGCAGUGUUGGCUUCAUGGUGUGUAUCUCCCUAGAAAGGUAUUUGCUCAUCGUCUGGCCGCUGUGGUACAGAUUCAGAAGAACCAUCAAGACGUCUGUGGUGGUCUGUGCCCUAGUCUGGAUCCUUCCUCUUGUUUUUCUCCUCCCAUUGUAUUACAGUUUUGGUUUUCUGACCGCACAAGCCAUCGUAGGUGCCUUGCUCCUCCUCCCCCUCCCUCUGUUCAUCUUCUCCCUGGGUGGGACUCUUAAAGCCCUGUCUGCAUCCAUCAGUGUCUCCUCUGAUGAAAAACGAAGAAUUGUUGCAGUUUUGGUCGUAGUGCUGCUUAUUCACACAGUGAUUUUCCUGCCCCCAGUCAUUUUUGCGUUUGUGAUAAAAUUCACAGACAUAAUCAGCAAUGAUCUCCAGCUUGCGUCCAACAUUCUUGUUCAGUUGAGUCCUCUUGCGGACUUGAUUUUGUACAUUUUCAUGAUG